GGGACCCGGUGUCCAGCCGCUGCUGGGGGGACGGCGCCGAGCCGAGGUCGUCAUGGCCUGGACCAAGUACCAGCUGUUCCUGGCCGGGCUCAUGCUCGUCACCGGCUCUAUCAACACGCUGUCGGCUAAGUGGGCCGACAGGUUCAGCGUCAAAGGCUGCGGAGAGAGCCCGGAGCACCUGUUCAAUCACCCCUUCCUCCAGGCGGUGGGCAUGUUCCUAGGAGAGUUCUCCUGCCUGGCCGUCUUCUACAUCCUCCGGUGCAGAGCGGCAGGGUCCCCCGAUGGCAGCAUGGAAAACCAACAGCACUUCAGCCCCCUCCUCUUCCUGCCCCCCGCCCUCUGCGACAUGACCGGGACCAGCAUCAUGUAUGUGGCCCUGACCAUGACCAGCGCCUCCAGCUUCCAGAUGCUGCGGGGCUCGGUGAUCAUCUUCACGGGCCUGUUCUCCGUGGGUUUCCUGGGGCGCAGGCUGGCACCGAGCCAGUGGCUGGGCAUCCUCACCACCAUCGCGGGGCUGGUGAUCGUGGGCCUGGCCGACCUCCUGAACAAACACGACGACCAGCACAAGCUCAGCGACGUGAUCACAGGGGACCUGCUGAUCAUCAUGGCCCAGAUCAUCAUCUCUGUCCAGAUGGUGCUAGAGGAGAAGUUUGUGUACAAGCACGAUGUGCACCCGCUGCGGGCCGUCGGCACUGAGGGCCUCUUCGGCUUCGUGAUCCUCGCGCUGCUGCUGGUGCCCAUGAACUACAUCCCCGCCGGCCCCUUGAGCGGCAGCCCCCGCGGGACGCUGGAGGACGUGCCCGACGCCGUGUGCCAGGUGGGCCGGCAGCCGCUCAUUGCCCUGGCGCUGCUGGGCAACAUCAGCAGCAUCGCCUUCUUCAACUUCGCGGGCGUCAGCGUCACCAAGGAGCUCAGCGCCACCACGCGCAUGGUGCUGGACAGCCUGCGCACCGUGGCCAUCUGGGCCGUGAGCCUGGCACUGGGCUGGGAGUCCUUCCAGGCGCUGCAGAUCCUCGGCUUCCUGGUGCUGCUGGCGGGCACCGCCCUCUACAACGGGCUGCACCGGCCGCUGCUCAGUUGCCUGACCCGAGGCCGCGCCCCUGCCGACGAGGACGAGCGCGAGAGACUGCUGGGGGCCUCCCGGACGACCAUCAACGACGCCAGCUGAGCGCCCACCCGGCCUCGGCUGCCACCCGGAUGCUCCAAGUUCACGCUGAGGCCAACACCUCCUGGCCAGGAAGCCUCAAGGGCCGUGUCCUCCCACCCAGACCACCCCCCUGCCCGCCCCCAGCGCAAGAUGACAGGUCAUGCGAGGUCUCCUUAGUCACCCCCCAGCUGACCCCGCGGGCCCCAGGGCACCCUGCCAGGCUUCCAUGUGCCCUGGAGCUCAGAUCGUGAGGUGACCUUGCAGGGUCUCCUCCUGAUCAGGGGAAGCUCAACUCAGGCCUAACGAAACCCAAGCCAAGAGCAGUGAUUCUUGGGCUGGUGAGAUCCAGGCUGGCCUGCCCGCUGGCACAACCCCCCCCCCCCCCCUUCAGAGGCUCUGUGCAACCCCCAUUGGCUGGGUUCCUUCCUGAGGCUCCCGCAGGCUCCCUCUGGAGGGGCGCCUCAGGAACGGAGUCAUAGCCCACCGGCUGGACACAUGCUGCCCUGUGCCCGCUCAGAGGUGCCCGUGCUCACUUGUCGGCCUCCCUGCAUGAGGGGAUCGUAGGCGGCCCUUGGUAAGAGCUGCUCCGAGCCCCUUCACUGUCUCCCCGAGAGAUGGGAAGACCCAGGUCAUGGGGCUCUCCUGCCGUGUGCUCCAGCUGUGCUGCUCCCCUGGCCUCCAGCAGGCUGGUACUCAGCGCACACCUGGACUUUAGCCCAGCCCCACCUGGACACAAGACUCUGCCAGGGCAUAGAUUGGCGCAGUAGCCCAGACCUCGAUCCUGAGUUUCUGUCCUCAUCCCAGGGCACAAGUCGGGGGACCAAGGGAGCGGGCGGCCCAGGAAAGAUGCAGGACUUCCUCUCGGAGCCCGUAUUCCAUUCUGGGUCCAGCCUCUCUGGUGGGGUCUUUGGGGAGACCCCAGGCUGAGAGAGAAGCAUGCUGUUUCUCCCCCCGCCCCCAUCCUAGAGUCAUCUUUAGGAAGCUCAGCAGCCUCUGGUCCUCCGUGUCUGGCAGUUUCUGGAGCUUUGGCCAUGUUCUCGGCAACUCCAUCACAGCCAAGGCCUUAACAUAGAUGCCCAGGUACAGGAUGGUCGGCGGACACGGGCCGCAUUGGAGCCAGUGGCCUCUACAGGCUGUGGGUGGGGCGGUGCGAGUCCCGGGAGCCAACGGGCAUCCAGGGUGUGCCACGUGCCAGGAACAGCUGCCACAGCCAUAAUUGGGGACCCUGAAGAUGGGCUUGAAGCUUUCUUAUUUUUUUUCUUUUGGUCACACACAGUAGUGCUCCGGGAUUUAACUGGGGUCAACUGCUUGCAGAGUUGGGCCUGAACUUGUGCUAUCUUGCACUCUGCAGAUUAAUUUUUUUAAGGGUGAGCUGUGGGUGAGGGAAGCGCUGCGAGGUGUGGCCCCAAAACUCCAGGGGAAAAAAAGUUUUAGGGUAUUUUUUCUUUUAAGAAUUAAAAAGGGCUGGAGCAACAGCACAGCAGGUAAGGCAUUUGCCUUGCACGCGGCUGACCCGGGUUCAAUCCUCAGCAUCCCAUAUGGUCCCCUGAGCAUCACCAGGAGUAAUUCCUGAGUGCAGAGCUAGGAGUAACCCCUGUGCAUUGCCGGGUGUGACCCAAAAAGCAAAAUAA